AUGUUUGUCAUCAACCCUGAUCUUGGACAGAUCCAGAUCAUAUUUGGACCCAUGUUUUCAGGAAAAACAACCGAACUUAUGAGGAGAUUAAAACGGUAUCAGAUUGCUAAUUACGGCUGUCUUGUAAUCAAAUACGCCAAAGAUAUCCGCUACGACUUCACUGGCAUUGCCACCCACGACAGACAAGUAUUGCCUGCUGUCAGCUGUGAAACAUUAACUGAUUUGAUGCCAGAAGCUCUCAAACAUGAUGUCAUAGGCAUUGAUGAGGGGCAGUUUUUUCCUGACAUCGUUUCAUUUUGUGAUCAGCUGGCCAAUCAUGGAAAAGUCGUAAUAGUGGCAGCUUUAGAUGGGACUUUCCAGAAAAAGGGCUUUGGUGAUAUUCUCAACCUGGUUCCAUUAGCCGAGCAUGUGAUGAAGCUGACUGCCGUCUGCUUGAAAUGUUAUAAGGAGGCAUCUUUCACAAAGCGGAAGGGAUCUGAAACUCAGAUUGAAGUGAUUGGUGGGACAGACAAGUAUAUAGCCGUCUGCCGACAGUGUUUCAACUCUCCAGGCAAAUCAAGGUCGCCACUUAAACGAGUCAAUGCCCAUGCCACAGAGGAGGUGGUAACCGCGAGCAAACGUUUAUUUAUUUCAGACGCAGACACAGAGAAUCAACUGAUACAGUGA